GCUGUUUCUGUCCCUUUCUCCUCCAAUUCUCUCUCUCUUUCUCUCUCUCUCUCACUCUCUCUCUCAAUUGUAUCUCGGUUUCACAGCAAUGUCUGACUUCGUUCAUGGCGACCAAGCCGAUGUGAGACACUCUCACGAUGUCAAGCGCUCCCAUGAUGUCGAGGCGCAAAGUGACGAUGUCAAAGGGGAGGCCGCCCCCGCAUACGAGACCACUGCGAAUGCCGAUUCCGAGGAGGUGAUCAGGGCACGAGAGCUCCAGCAGAAGUUGGGAUUUCUGCGGAGCAUGCGCAGAGGAGAGGAGUGGCUUGACGAGAAAAUGGGCAUCGAAACCCAGGGCAUUGAUCGCAUCCACGAGGAGGACAAGAAACCCCCUUCCAUUCUCAACGUCUUCUUCCUCUGGUGGUCCCUGACCUGCCAUGUUGGGACACUCCCAAUUGGUGUGCUUGGCCCUGAAUUUGGCCUGUCGUUGAAUCAAUCUGUUGCUGCUAUUGUUGUUGGUACACUUCUGGGCGCUCUCUGCACUUCAUAUACAGGAACUCUUGGCCCCAAGCUUGGAAUGCGUGCCAUUGCAACAUCUCGUUACUCUUUCGGUUUUUAUGGCGCAAAGCUCUGUUCGGUCCUUAACGUUAUAAUCGGCGGCGGUUUCGCAGUCGUGAAUGUUGUCGUCGUUGGUCAAAUCCUCUCCGCGGUCUCAGACUACACAAUGACCAUCGCAGUUGGUUGCGUGAUUAUCGCGGUGAUCGGCUACGUGAUCUCAAUUUUCGGCUUUGCGCUCAUCCACACAUACGAGAAAUACUCGUGGAUCGCGAUCUUCAUUAUCUUAUGUGUCCUGAUUGGGCAAGUUGCACCUGCAGUUGACCCCAGCAUUCCCGCCUUGGACACGGGAUUAGGUCUGGCUGGUUCCUUCCUCAGCUUCCUCGCCAUCAACUUCUCGAAUGCAUCCGGCUGGUGCUCUAUUGCCUCCGAUUAUUAUUGUAACUACCCAGCCGACACCAAGUCCUGGAAGAUCUUCUUCCUGACCCUGGCCGGAAUCUCGAUCCCCACGAUCUUCGUGACCGUCAUCGGUGCCUGCCUCGGAAACGCAGCAAUUAGCUCCUCGGUGAAUCCAAUCCUGUCGGAUGCGUACAAAUUCCAUGGCUUGGGCGGUCUCCUCAGGGAAUCCUUCCACCCCCUCCCGUUCUCGAAGUUCUGCCUGGUUCUCCUCGUCUUCUCCGUGCUCGGGAACAAUAUUGCCAUCAACUACUCCUCCGGCCUCAGCAUGCAGCUUCUCGGUCACUACUUCCACGCUGUUCCCAGAUUCAUCUGGUCGUUUAUCAACGCGCUCGUUAUUGCAAUCCUGGCUAUUGCCGGCCGAGAACAUCUCUCGCUUAUUGUUAGCAACUUUGUGUCCUUGCUCGGUUAUUGGACUGUGUCGUUUACGAUCAUUCUUCUGAUUGAAGAUCAGUGGUUCCGCAGAAAGGAGGGAUAUAAUCUCAUCGUGUGGGAUGUGCCAUCCAAGUUGCCUUGGGGACUGGCAGCUGUUAUGGCGCUGUUGACGGGUUACCUGGCCGGUGGUGUGACGGGAAUGUCGCAGACGUGGUAUAUUGGUCCCAUUGCGGCCAAGUUCGGCGGCUUCGGAGGCGAUGUCGGUAUCUAUCUUUCCGGCGUCUUCACCCUUAUCGUAUACCCACCAGCACGCUGGUACGAACGCAAGAAGACUGGGAGAUAAGCGUCUCCCGUCCAGCCUUUUCAUUUUAAUGAUGGAUAAUAUAGAGUGCCUCGAACAUUUUGGCUACCCCUUCUUUUAAUAGAUAUCAAAAUAUGGAGAGUCGGACAUCUUGGAAAGAGAAUAUCAUGUUGAU